AUGGUUUCUUUAGAAACAAAUUUCAUAGAUGUUUCUGGCUAUCAAUCACUUGAUCAAGAUUCUAAAAUUUUGGAUCCUAGUUGUAAUGGAUGUAAUUUGAUAAUUGAGGAAGGGUCAGUUGUAGCAUUUGGAGGGUAUAUUUGGCAUGUUAAUUGUUUUCGUUGUAUGAAAUGUAAUGCACAAGUAAAUCAUGAUUCAAGUCUUUUUUUUCUAUAUGAUAGGAAUCCAAUCUGUGAAAAAUGUUCAUGUAGUUCUAGUAUAUCUAAUAAACAUAGCGAUGAUUUUGCAAUUACAACAGAAAGCGAAAGCUAUCAUUCUGAAUAUUUUCAGUGUAAUAUAUGCGGGAAAAAGAUUGAGGAAUUCGUAUUUGCCAAAACUAAUCAAAGAAUUUAUUGUAUUUCUUGUUAUAAUAAUAAAGUUACGCAAAAUAAAAAAAAUGAAAGAGACAUAGAAUUAUCUGUUCCUUCGCUAUCUUUCAAUAAAUCUCUUCCUUCUAUUCCUAGCACUUCUACUCUAAGCCGGCUUAAUUCACAAACAUCUAUGGGUUCUGAAGUUACUGUCAAUGAUAAGCCAGUAGAGAAACCAUAUAUAGAUCUUUUUCUUAAUAUAGAACAAACAGAACUUUUAAAUUUCAAUAAAGUCUUUUCUGAAUUUAAAAACAAAGAAGAACUGAAUCCUAAAAGGAAUUCAAAAAGGCAUUCAUUUAUUUGGCCACCUUUUGCACCUCUAGAUUUUUUUUUGGAUAUCUCCCAAACUAGUAUAAAUUUAGAAACUAAGCAUAUUCCUAAUACAGACGAAAUUAAAAAUAAUACUACUACAAUUUCUUCUGAUACUUCUCUUUCACUAUCAAAUCAUAGAAGUUCUAUAGAAUUGCCGAAUUUUCAAGAAUCAUUAAAAACAAAAAGUGUUCAGGAAAUUGCCAAGCAUACUGACGAAGAACAUAUCAAAGGAAUAUUAAAGGAAUUUUCUAAAACAAAAAAAUAUGAUAAAAAUAUUAGUAUUAAAGAAGAGGAUAUCGAAGAACAAAAACUAAUUUCUCAAAAAAAGAAGAGUAUUUCCGGCACCUCGUUGACAGAGAAUAAUAGAAAUCAUUAUUCUACUUCCAUAGGAGACGUUUUCCAAAAUACACAAUCUGAUUCUAAGCAAGAUAUGCCUUCCGACUUUUCUUUUAAAUCAGAUUUUCUACAUGAUCUUGAUAUAAGAAUACAAACACAAAACAUCAAUUCUAAUUCUUCGUCUAUUACAAAUGAGACAAAUAAAUUUGAAGAUUUCAGCUUUGAAUCAUAUAAUAAAAAUAAUCCAAAAAAUCAGGAUUUUGUUACUUUGCCUAAACAAGAUCGUAAUUAUGAUAAUCAAUCUGAAACUCCAUCAAAUCAUUCUAAUGUAACAUCAACAUCUCCAUUUAGUAGCAAUCUAGAAUCAUCAAAAUCUUUUAUUAAACAUUCUGUAUUAGAGGAGACCAAUAUCAAUCCAUUAACUUUCGAGAUUUCUAAUAUAUCUUCAAAGGAUUCGAAUGCAAUUUAUUCAAAAUUUCACUCAUUUCAAAAAAAUACUUAUGAUUACCAGAACAAUUAUGUUAAAGACCAAAAUACACAAAAACAUCAUUUUAAUCAAUCAUAUUCAAAAAUAUUAAAUGCUAUACGCCAUAGAAGAAGUGCUAGUGAAUCUAAAAAAAAGACAUCAAAGUAUAAUAUUUUCUCUAAAUCUCGAGUUCAUGAAUUUCAACAGCUAUCACCAUAUAUAAAUUUAAAUAAUUUGAAUGAGACUCUGAAUAAUUAUGAAGAUGGUUCACAGGAAACUAUAAAUUUAUCUCAAUUAAAGGAAUCAAAAGUGAAAGUCAUAAAUAAUGAAUCUAUCAUGUUAGAUAGAGAUAUAUUAAAAAAAAAAGCAUUACUUGCAGAACUCGAUGCAAAAUGUGAAAUUACUCUUCGAGAACUAAAAAUUUUUGAAAACGAACAAUUAAUUAAUCAAAACAGGGUCUUAUCUAGAGAUGAUAUUUUUAAUGGUUCUAUUGUUUCAAAAUUGUUGAUAUCGUUAACAAGUCUUAAAAAUAAAUUUCAAUCAGAUAUAGAAACACUUAUUUUGCAGAGGAAUGCUUUAUAUAAGAAAAAUACAGAACUCUUAAAUAUAAAAAAUAAAAUAACCCAGGAAAUUCAUCAAUUAAGUUUCAAAAAAUCAGAAUUAAAAGAUUUAAAUGAUAAACUAACACAAAAAAUUCAAGAACAAUUUCGAGCUCAUAAGAAUUCCACAUAUAUUUCUCCACAAGCAGACAUUGUGUUUGACAAUCAGAAUACAAAACCAUUACCUCCAAUAAUUACAUCUGUGCCGAAAUCGAAUAAUGAUAAUUUUGAUUUAAUUUCACCUACAGAAAGUGUUUCUACACCAAUUAGUGAGAAAACUAAAUUAGAAUAUACUGAAUCCAGUGAUGAUAAUUCAUCUUCAAAAGCACAUGAUAAAAAUGAUACUCGCGUCUUAGGAUCCAAAAUAUCUUCAUGGAAGAAAAACAGCUCGUUAGCUAGAAAUCUUGUUAAAGGAUUUAAUAAAAUUCGUUCAUCUGAAAGUGAUACACAUAAUGGAUGCAAAGAUGCUAAUCUUUCAACCAAUUUAACCAAUCUUACAUUAAAAAAAUCGUUAUCUAAUAAUUUGAGGCAUACAUUUUCUACAUAUACAUUUCUUCGAAUUACUAGAUGUGAUUAUUGUGGAAAUAAACUUUGGGGUAAUGAAAUGCGAUGUUUAGGAUGCGGGAUACCUUGCCAUAUUAAAUGUAUUGGUGAUAUUACUACUAAUUGUAAUAGAAGUAUGGAAUAUUUACCAUAUCAUGAAAAUGUUUCGUUAUAUGUAUCAAGUUCAGUGAAUUUACAUGUUCCAACUCUUUUUGGUAAUGAUUUAACAAAACAAGUUCAGGCAGAAAAUAGAAACAUUCCAUUUAUUGUAACGAAAUGCAUUGAUGAAGUAGAAAAAAGAGGAAUAUUUUUUGAAGGCAUCUAUCGUAAAUCUGGAAGCGCAUCACAGAUGCGUAUACUUAUUGAUGCAUUUAAUAAUAAUAAUAUUGAUAAUUUAUCUCAAUCCGUAUUUGAGGAUAUCAGUGUUGUAACUAGCGUAUUAAAACAAUAUUUUCGUAAACUUCCAAAUCCUCUUAUUACUUAUGAAAUCUAUAUACCAUUUUUAGAGAUUAUUGCUUCUGAUAAGACUUCCAAGGAAAAAUUAAUAUCAGUAAAAAAUGUUUUAAAUAUUCUUCCUAAAGCACAUUAUGACUGUUUGGAAUUUUUGAUAUCGCAUCUCUGCAGAAUAAUUGAACAUUCAGAUAAAAAUUUGAUGCCUUCAAAAAAUCUUGCAGUAGUUUUCUCCCCUACUUUGCUAAGAGAUGAAAAAGGUACACGAGAUAUUGUGGAUAUUCAAGUUAAAAAUAUCGGUAUACAAUAUUUACUUGAUAACUCAAAAAAUAUAUUUCAAAAUUCUUAA